UCGGCGUGUGUUUGUGGGGACGGUUGGAGUUGGAGUAAGGAGUCGCCGGGCGGUAGUGCAUCUCAAACGCUUUUUUGGGGGAAAGAAACGCCGCUGAAAAUUGCACCACAGACUUAAGAAACGACCCCCGGUGACGACUUCUGGGACAAUUAUAUACAACGCAACGACUGCGCCACACAUAUAGCCAACAAACGCAACCAGGCUAUCAAAUGCUAGCCAGCUAGCAUCCCUGAAAACUGACGGGAUCAAGGUGUUGAUAGCUAGCCUCCCAGCUAAUUAUCCAUCAGCUAGCAUCCUUCAGCCGUAGCAUCAUUAGCUUGCUUUUCCUCCUCGCGUCCGUCGGAGGCUUCACCAUCUCUCGUGGCGGUGCCUUUCAGCUCGCGAGCACCGAAUCCCACAUUCAGACAAACACAAGACAACGGAGCUUGCUGCUGCUGGAGACAGCGUCUGCGUUGCAUUAGUUGACACCAUCACACCCAUCUCCCCAACCCCUUCUCCUCUGCCCCUGUCCCUCCACCCGAAACACUGGAAAUCCACAAGCGGCCGGAUAUCGGCGAAGGGCCGGCGAAGCUGGGGGUGUUACCGUUACCGGACUCGCAGGGAGUCGUUACAGCCACAGACAAGCUCUGCCGUGGGGAUCUACCGAGCAGUAUGGACGGGCUGGCCGUAGAAGUUCGCGGCUCGAACGGGGCCUUCUACAAGGGUUACAUCAAAGAUGUCCACGAAGACUCGCUCACAAUCGUUUUUGAAAACAACUGGCAGCCAGAGAGACAGUUGCCCUUCAGCGACGUGCGGUUGCCUCCUCCAGCAGACUACCACAAGGAAAUUGGUGAAGGAGAGGAGGUGGAGGUUUACUCCAGGGCCAACGAACAGGAGCCAUGUGGCUGGUGGCUGGCCCGGGUCAGAAUGAUGAAGGGAGAGUUCUAUGUGAUUGAAUACGCGGCAUGCGACGCCACAUACAACGAGAUUGUCACAUCAGAGCGCAUCAGGCCCCUCAACCCCAACAGCCCUUCCUCUCGAAACUCCUUCCACAAGGUUCCCAUCCCUGUCCCAGAAGACCUGAGAGACAUCUGCGCAAAUGACAACAUUCACAAAGACUUCAGGAAAGCCAUCGGAGCCAACUGCAUCUUCUACAGUGCCCAAACACACGAACUCAUUGUGCUGUCUACAAAUGAAACCACAGUAAAGCGUGCAACUCUUCUGAGCGACAUGCAUUUUCGCAGCAUCCGUACCAAGCUUAUGCUAAUGUCCCGCAAUGAAGAAGCCACCAAACAUUUGGAGACAAGUAAGCAGUUAGCAUCAGCAUACCAGGAGGAGGUGAGAGUCAGGGAGGACCUGAUGGGCCUCGCCAUCGGCUCCCACGGUGCCAACAUCCAGCAGGCGAGGAAGGUGCCCGGCGUCACAGCUAUCGAGCUGGAGGAGGAAAGCUGCACGUUCAGGAUCUACGGAGAGACCCCAGAGGCGGUUAAGCAAGCCAGAGAGUAUCUUGAGUUCAAAGAAGACUACUUUCAGGUACCCAGGAACCUUGUAGGCAAAGUCAUCGGCAAGAGUGGCAAAGUCAUCCAGGAGAUUGUGGACAAGUCGGGCGUGGUCCGCGUCAGGAUUGAGGGAGACAACGACAAAAAGCUUCCCCGGGAGGAGGUAGGCAGGCAGGGGGCAGGCAGGGACGACACUGCCAGCAGCAAAGAGGGCAUGGUUCCCUUUGUGUUUGUGGGAACCAAAGAGAACAUCAGCAAUGCUCAGGCGCUCUUGGAGUACCACGUGUCUUAUCUCCAGGAGGUGGAGCAGCUGCGCCUAGAGCGUCUCCAGAUUGACGAGCAGCUCCGCCAGAUCGGGGUUGGGUACCGUGCACCUCCUAGUCGAACUGGGGGCCCUGGUGUUGAACGGGAGAAAGGCUACACGACAGAUGAGAGCAGCAAUUCACUCCACGCCUCUCGCACCUAUGGGGGCCGCGGCAGAGGGCGCAGGGCCUCCAACAGCCAGUACUCUGGAUAUGGCACAAACUCUGAACUGUCCAAUGCUUCUGAGUCGGAGGAUGCUGUCGACCGAGACCAGCGGCCCCGCGGCAUAGGCGGCGAUGAGAGGGGCUCCCGACGGGGCGGCAGAGGCCGAGGCUCUAAUUCAGGACGGGGCCGUGGAGGGCCAGGGUCCAAGCCUUCCAAUUCCAUCAGCUCAGUGCUGAGGGACCCGGACAGUAACCCGUACUCCCUCCUGGAGGGUGAGGGAGAGCUGGCCGACACAGACAUCAGCGAAGGCAUGGGAGGAGACCGCCGCAGACGCUCCCGACGCCGCCGCAACGACCAAGAGCCCAGCGUGAUGGACGCCGCCGCAGAGUCAGACAGCCAGGCCGGCCCCAGCGAGAACGGACUAGAUGAAGAAGCCAGGCCUCAGCGCCGCAAUCGGAGUCGCCGCCGUCGUAACCGUGGCAACCGCCCCGACGGAGGUUCAACCAGCCGUGACAGACAGCCAGGCGAAAGUGUGACUGUUGCUGACUACAUAUCCCGUCCUGAGUCCCAGAGCAGACAGAACCUGCCCCAAAAGGAAAACCACGCUGGCCCCGAGCCCAAGGAGAACGGGACCAGCGCCCAGAUGCCUGAGCGAACGCCCUCCAAGCGUUCCCCCAGCAAAGGCAUGACCUCGGCCAGCGAGACCCUGACCUUGGUCAACGGGGUUUCGUAAGGAGACGGCCCCGCCCUUCGCGAACCCAAGUCUAGAGCAAGACUCCAUGGCAAAUUCUGUCCCUGCUUGCAUUAACUUAAACCUUAAACAGAUGAGUGAAAAGUACCUGACAAAAUACCUGAAUUCAUACUAUGAGAGUGAAAAAGUACAAAAAAAACGACAAACGCAUCUACUUAAAAACACACGUUAACGGUGUAUGCUAUCCUAUCUAUCAGUACUUAGUGCUUAUUUAAAAAAACAACUAGCUUGCCAAAAAAGAGCUGGUGGAUAUGACUUGAUUUUUAAAAAUACUGAAAUACGAGAAACAGGACAAGACUAUUUUUUUUUUUUUUGUUUGUUUUGUUUUUGAAACGGUUGUCUUUAUUUGUGUUUUUUAUGUUAAUUUUGUUCAUUGUUUAUCACUGGUUUGGACUUGGCGGUCGCUCUCUCAACCAAAACAGACGCUUCUCUUAACAGUGUUAAAAGUACAGACGAGAGACGUAAGCUGUAGGGAGUGGCGUACGAGCAGGUAGUCCAAUGGCUUAUGUGACGCGAUGUUCGCACACUGUACCUGGGAGUGGAGACAGACAGAUUGGAAUACUGAUAGACAUUGUGCCUUGAAUUUGAAAAAAAUAAAAAUAAAAAAAAAAAGUUUUUCAUUAAGUUUGCUUUUGUUUCCUGAGAGGAAGAAAAGUUGGUGGUCUUCCAGGUUUUUUUUGGGGGGUUCCAAAAAGAGAAUAGACCUGUGAGGGAGUAAAAUGAGUGAAAAGAGGAGACAGAAAGAGAGGGAGUGGCUGGCCAACAUGAGGGGGCAAAAAAAGAAGUCCGGUGCCAAACAAGAAAUUCAAGGCGCUUGUCCUCAUUCCGAGUAGAAUGGACAGCGUCGUGGUCAGUGCGUGCGUGUACGUGCGUGCGUGCGCACGUAUGUGUGUGUUUGUGUGUGCACAGUUGAGAUAUUUGGCAACCACAAAACUAAACUGGGAGGGGUGAGGCAACGCAACGCAGCCCGGGUCGCACAGUGAGGCAUCUCUGUAUCAGCAGGCCUGAGGGGUGUGUGUCACUUCCUCCUCUCACCUGUGUUAGGUCUUUGAGGGUCCAGGGUGGCACCCAUGCAGCCUUAUAAGCAGAACAGGCUGAGGCCAGACAGACGGCAGACUUGAACUAUAGAUUUAGACUUAAAAGAGAACUAUACCGUGCCUCUUUCUGUGUCGGAGGGGGUGGCAGUGCUAGCUUUCAGCCACACUCGUGUCUUGAUAAAGCACUGCAGCGCGCAGCUCCGGAUGCAGACGAGGGCGACCACCUUUCUGGGACGGGUGCUGCUAGUGGGGGAGGGCCUGGAGACUGCGGACUGUGGGAUUGGGACAGCUUCAAAUGACGUGAGAGCCACAUGACACACAGGGCCCACACUUACAGGUACACACACACAAUAGGCAUACACACCAGGUGCGUGUAAGUCGCCGUGGUCGUCCGCGUGGCGCAGACAAGUACAGGACCGCAACAGAAAACUGUAAACAAGUGUUUGUCUUGUACCUGGCAGUUUGGGUUGGCAAAUGGAGUAAGAGAGGGACUCGAAACCUCAGUGGCUCUCUGCUCAUGUUGUUACUGUUGUCUUGGUUACCGCUCUCAAGUUUUUUUUGUUGCUAUUUCCACAUCUUAGAAAAUAUCAAAUAAAAAACUGAAGUGAAAUCAACCUCUUCUCUGGAGAUGAACUUUGAUUUCUCUGUCUUGUGAGUUUGCAGUCUAUUUUUCUAACUUGCAUGGCAUUUAGUUAACGAGUAGUAGGGGCUGCCUGUCCUGUGCAUGAGGAAAAAGGGGUGUUAAUAAUCUGACUUACAAAGCCAUUGUUUCAUUCAAUAGAAUUGCUGCUAAUGUACACACUGAAUGUCCUACUAACGUAGAAACUCAACUUUGAAGAGCAAGAAAAUAUUUUUGACUAACCCCCCCCCCUCCUCGCUCAUCUGCCCAGAACGCCCCAGUUCCUAUUGGUGGAUGCGAGUCAGGAAGGGACCCGUUCCUCCGCUCACAAGUUUCAGAGUCUCACAAAGUAUUAAAUUACAAGGGCAACAUUGUGCAUGACAAAGCAAGCGUCCACAUGACCAAAGGUUUUGACAGACAGAUGAAUGGGGAGUGCGGUUGAAUCGAGAUGACCCAGUUGCUGCUCUUAGACGUUUCUGCUCGCCUGUGUGUUGUGUUUUUAAAGAGUGAACGAGCACUUGAGUAUUUGUACCUUGGUUCAGUUGCAUGUGUGUGAGUGGAGGACGAAGCCCUAUCUGGUAUGUUUGUGUUUACCUUUAUACCUCAUUGUGUGAGUACUGUAAUUUCCUUAUGUAUCGGCAUCCCUCACGUCCUGUUGAAAGACAGCUGACUGCUGCGCGCGUGUGUGUGUGUGUGUGUGUGUGUGUCUGUGUGGAUGCUGGUUGUACAGUCGACUCCUCACUGUGUCAGAUUUUGUCUCUGGUUUUCUCACUCAUGUUCUGAUGGCAAUAAAGGACUUUUCAUUGUUUGGUAUACA